GUAAAGGGAAGUAACUGCAGUUACACUCUUCAUUUAGAAGGUGUGAAUCUUGAAACGAUAAACAAAAAAUAUUUUUUCAUUCCAGUUGUUUAUGUCAAGAACAAGGAAAAUGACAUGAAAAGUGAAUAAAUAAGAAAUGACUAUGGGGGAAAACAACAAAGCUAUGUAUGGAAAGAUGAUCUUAGAUGUGGUCAUUGGUCCUUUGUUAGAAAGUUUAGAAAAGAAAGAUAAGUCAUCAGCACAGACAUUAAGAGCUUCUUUUUCAAAGGUUGACACAACAGUGCCUGGAUUUGUCCAUGAUUUCUUGAGGGGUAUCCUGAAGAAAGCAGACAUACAUGACCACUUUGAUAUAUGUGAAACACUGCUAAGAUUAGGUGAUGCACAAGGAUAUGAUGAAAUAUUAGACAACGAAUUGACAGCAUCCAAAACCACACCAAGUGGAGCUGCUAUGCAUCCAUCCAGUAAAGAAUUAAGAUUGCUCAGACCAGAACCAUCAUUCCAAGAAUUAAACAGAUGUGCCACAAACCUUAAAACCAUAUUAAGUCGCAUUCCAAUACAGAUAGAUGACCGAAAACAAUUCCUAGAAACCAUUAAAGAGAUUGCUGGUUCUAUAAAACAUUUAUUAGAUGCCUUCAAUAAAGUGAUAGCUGAGAUACCUGGUGGUGAGAGUGGGAGUAAACAGAUUUUAGAAGAUAGGAAAAAAGAAUUUGUAAGAUAUUCUAAGAAGUUCAGCAAUAUGCUAAAAGCCUUCUUCAGAGAUGGCAGCCAAAGACAGAAUGUGUUUCUAAGUGCUAAUUUCUUAAUCUACCAGACGAAUGUCAUUUUAAGAACUGUGAAACAAGAAACAGAGAGAGAAUGAAUCUCAAACCAAACAUGCAUCAUCUAGAUGUCUGCUGUAUAAACAUUUAGUUUGAUUUAUUUUAGCAAAACCUUUCUUUCAUUUUUAUGAGGGAAUUAUUUAAUAGUAGGCUACAUACAUAUGUAAACCUGGUAAAUGUUUGUAGCGGUUUUAUUUUUACUCAUUUUCAUACCAAAACAAAUUAAAUUAUUAAAAUAUUAACAUAUUUGAUAAUGUAUAAAUGUAAAAAAGUUGACAACAAUUACUUUUAUGUGAUGACCAUUAAUUAUGUAACAUUUUCAAAAGGAAUCUCUUUUAAGAACUUGGUUACUUUAUGAAUUUUUUGUUUGUUUGUCAAACCACCGGGUUUAACUGUCAAUUGAUACUUUUGUUAUCAGCUUUCAAUUGUAAAAUAGUGGAUAAAUGUUUGGAUUAAGAAUUUAUAUUUGACAAGUGGUUUAGUGGUGGCAAGUUCUGGGGGUUGGAACCCCCCCUUUUUGGACGAUCAAUGCAUUUGAAUAGGGACAUAUAGUUGAACACACCCUUUUCAAAUGAAUAGAUCUGCCCCUGGUAGGAAAUUGUAUCUAUUACUGUAAAUUAAGAAAUUAUUGCGUGCACUUAUUAUUGCGAAUUUUGGAGAAUGGAGUGAAAUGCGAGAUUAACUAUUGCGAUUUCGGGAAAAUCUGCAUACAGUUAUAUGAAUCAUUUAACAGAAUGCGAGUUUUUAUUAUUGCGAUACUCAUUCAGUCGCAUUAUUUGCAUUAAUAAAAACCUCGCAAUAAUUUCUGAAUUUACAGUACUUUAUUUGGCCUAAGAUGAAAUACCUCACUUGUUUUACGGUCCCAUAUUGGUAGAUUAAAUUAAAUUGGGACACUGAGAUUAAUGCUUCUGCUCAUCAUUGCUUAAGUAAGGCUAGGAUAUGAUAAUCCAUUUAUUAGAUGCUUGAAUAAAAUAUAAUAAUACAAAGAACUUUUCAAAUGUUCGGUAGAAAUGUGUCUCACUUAUCAGUACUUAAAUACAUGUUUAUUUGAAUUUUUAAUUGCAUCCUGAGGUCUUUAACUUCUAGUAUUUAAAGAAAACUGUUGAACCUUAUGAAACAGCCUCAUUUUCAGAUUUUUUUUUAUUCAAUUGGGAUAAAAAUAAGAACCUUGCCCAAUGAAAUAAUUUACCUUAUCAAUAUGUCUUAUAAAUAUAUGUGUUGAUGUUAUUUCAAAGGCAAAUAAAUGUCUCUUCUCAUAUCUCCUUCUUCUCUUUAUGUAAGCAAUAGUCAAUAGUCAUAAUGUUCUUGCCUAGAAUAGAUAAAGCAUGCUUGAAGCAUACAUUUUUUCAUAUAAAAUAUAUAUAUAGACAUUGUUUAUGAUUGUAUAAUUUAACUAUAUCUUCAAUAAUAGACAAGUUGCUGGAAGAAAGAAUAAAAAUCAAAUGCAGUUUUCUUAACAAUGUGUUAAUGUAGGUUGAUAUAUUUUUCUAAUGUGUGUCAAUAAUCGACUGGUAACUUUUUGCUAUAAAAGUUUAAUUUAGCAGAUUGAAAAAUAACCUUUGGGAUUUUAAGUCCCCCCUCAUCUCUUUAAUAUCUACCUCAUAAAUAAUUUUGAUCUUUUGACAAAAAAAUCAGAAGAGUCGAAGAACUAUUCAUUUCUUGAACAUAUAUCAGAUAUUCUUAUUUAAAAUAAUGGUAAGAUGUACAGUACCUCCUUACCUGACAUAACAUUUGGAAAAGUGCUUAAGAAUCAAUUUAUAUAUUUAAUGAUGGUGGCCUUAUUGAAUUUAAGAUUUUUGUUUGCUGAUAUUGAAGACUUUACAUUCUGUUCAUAUUGAUAUAGAGUCCUAAUCUCUAUGGGUGAACGAACAUUCCAUUAUAAUACAAAUGGCAAAUUUAUGUUAUUUAUUUUUCACUUUUAAGAGGCACAUUGUAUUAUACAUGUAUUUAACAACACUUGUCCCAUAUAUUAUGUGUAAUUUUGUCUCAGUUUUUGUGUAAUCUUGAAUUAACCAUGAUUUAUUAUUCCAUAUAAUUUGUCAAUUGAAAGUUGUCUCCCUUUAUAUAUUUCCAUUUUCAAGAUUGUUUCUUUUUUAGAGGUGGGUACCUUGUACAUAUUUGGAAAUUUGGUUACUAUGGCAGAGG